AUGAUAAGCCCUGAUGGGAUUGACCUCAUCACGAAUUACCUGGCCGCCCAUCCUGAGGGCGUCCUGCCGACGGGACUCUCCUUUACGCCCUCGACCAGCGAGUAUGAAAAAAAGGAGGACGAUCCCGGAUACUGGUCAAACCUGAAAGAAAUCAAAAGGUGCAAGCAAUUCGUUGAAAUGACGGGCGAACCUGGAGACGUGGUCCUCAUGCACCCAUUGAUGCUGCACUCUGCCUCGAAGAACUGCUUGCGCAUUCCAAGGGUUAUAACCAACCCGCCUGUAUCACUCAAGGAACCAUUUAACUUCAACAGAGACGACCCUGCUGACUACAGUAUUGUCGAGAGGAAGACGUUGAGGGCGUUGGGUGUCGAGAGGUUCCCCUUCAAAAUUACGACGGAGAGAAGGAGGAUUGUGCCUGCCCGUAUUGCAAUACAGCAGAAGAUGAUGGAAGAAGAGAAGAAGAGACUUGGGAAUUUAAAGGAAGGUGGUGCAGCCAAUGCCCUGUAA